CUAGAGCAGCCAACUGGGUGAACUGGAAGUGAAUCCCAUGGUGACUGAGUGUCUCUGGUUCCCUCUCAGAUGGGCUUCACAGCAGAGGAAGCUGAUGAUGAAUCCAGAGGAGAACAGAGCAGCCUCUCCAUCACCCAGCGGCGUUUCUAUGAAGAGUGACCGAUCCAUAGAUCUUCCUUUUUACUUCAGUAAUCCUCCUGGAUUCUCAGACCCAAGAUGGGCUUCACAGCAGAGGAAGCUGAUGAUGAAUCCAGAGGAGAACAGAGCAGCCUCUCCAUCACCCAGCGGCGUUUCUAUGAAGAGUGACCGAUCCAUAGAUCUUCCUUUUUACUUCAGUAAUCCUCCUGGAUUGUCAGACCCAAGAUGGGCUUCACAGCAGAGGAAGCUGAUGGUGAAUCCAGAGGAGAACAGAGCAGCCUCUCCAUCACCCAGCGGCGUUUCUAUGAAGAGUGACCGAUCCAUAGAUCUUCCUUUUUACUUCAGUAAUCCUCCUGGAUUCUCAGACCCAAGAUGGGCUUCACAGCAGAGGAAGCUGAUGAUGAAUCCAGAGGAGAACAGAGCAGCCUCUCCAUCACCCAGCGGCGUUUCUAUGAAGAGUGACCGAUCCAUAGAUCUUCCUUUUUACUUCAGUAAUCCUCCUGGAUUCUCAGACCCAAGAGGGAGGAAGAGGAGCAGCGUUGGUGAGGAAGAGCAGCCGUCCUGCUGUGCUUUGUGUCAGGAGGUUCUGAUGGAUCCGGUCUCUACCAGCUGUGGACACUGGUUCUGCAGACACUGCAUCAGGUCCUACUGGGACCAGUCUGCUCCAUCUGGACCCUCCUCCUGCCCCCAGUGUGGAAAAAGACCCAAAACAGCAGCUGGACUGCUGACAGCCAAUCAGAGCAGCUGUGCUCCAGCAGAUGUUGUUCUGCAGCAGGUUCUUCAGGAACAUAAAAUCAGUCUGAGGAGGAGAUGUGAAUGUGUGACUGAAGGAAGUGAUGAAACAGGAAGUAGGACCCUCCUCAACAGGAUCUACACUGAUCUCUACAUCACAGAGGGACAAAGUGAAGAGGUUAAUACCCAGCAUGAGGUGAAGCAGCUGGAGAGAGCUGCCAAGAUCCAGAACCUCCAUGACUCUCCAAUCAGGUGCCAUGACAUCUUUAAAACCUUCCCUGACCAACAUGGAGCCAUCAGAGUGGUUCUGACCAACGGCGUCGCUGGUGUUGGAAAAACCUUCUCAGUGCAGAAGUUCACUCUGGACUGGGCAGAGGGCUUGGAGAACCAAGAUGUCAGUGUGGUGGUUCUGCUUUCGUUCAGGGAGCUGAACUUGAUCAGAGAUCAGCAGCACAGUCUUCUCUCCCUGCUCCAUGUUUUCCAUCCAACACUCCAGAAGCUCCCAGCAGAGCAGCUGGCUGGCUGCAAACUCCUCUUCAUCUUUGAUGGCCUGGAUGAAAGCAGACUUUCACUGGACUUCAGCAGCAGUCAGCUGGUUUCUGACGUCACACAGAAAUCAUCAGUCAACGUUCUGCUGACAAACCUCAUCAAGGGGAACCUGCUUCCCUCGGCUCUCAUCUGGAUAACUUCCAGACCUGCAGCGGCCAAUCAGAUCCCUCCUUCAUGUGUUACCAGGGUGACAGAGGUACGAGGCUUCAGCGACACCCAGAAGGAGGAGUACUUCAGGAAGAGGUUCAGUGAUGAAGAGCUGUCCAGCAGAAUCAUCUCCCACAUCAAGACCUCCAGGAGCCUCCACAUCAUGUGUGGAAUCCCAGUCUUCUGCUGGAUCACUGCUACAGUUCUGGAGAACAUGGUGACCUCAGAGCAGAGAGGAGAGCUGCCCAAGACCAUGACUGACAUGUACUCACACUUCCUGCUGGUCCAGACAAAGAGGAAGAACAACAAGUACCAUGGAGGACAUGAGACAAGUCCACAGGAGCUGAUGGAGGCUGACAGGGAAGUUCUUCUGAAGCUGGGGAGGCUGGCGUUUGAACAUCUGGAGAAAGGAAACAUCAUGUUCUACCAAGAAGACCUGGAGCAGUGUGGUCUGGAUGUCACAGAGGCCUCAGUGUACUCAGGAGUUUGUACAGAGAUCUUCAAAAGAGAGAAUCUGAUCUUCCAGAAACCAGUCUACUGCUUUGUUCAUCUGAGCAUUCAGGAGUUUCUGGCUGCAGUCUACAUGUUCCACUGUUUCACCAGCAGCAACUCAGAGGUAGUGAAGAAGUUCUUGGGAAAAAAAUUCAGUAAAACAUCUCUGGAGGACUUCAUGAAAAAAGCCAUGGAGAAAUCUCUGAGAAGUAAAAAUGGCCACCUGGACCUGUUUGUUCGUUUCCUUCAUGGCCUCAUUCUGGAGUCCAACCAGAGACUGUUAGGAGGCCUUCUGGGUCAGACAGAGAACAGUCCAGAAACCAUCCAGAGAAUCAUCAACAACCUGAAGACAGGAAGAAUAAAGGCGUCUCCUGACAGAAACGUCAACAUCUUCCACUGUCUGAUGGAGAUGAACGACGUCUCUGUUGAUCAGGAGAUCCAAGAGUUCCUGAAAUCUGCAAACAGAUCGAAGAAGAAUCUGUCUAUGAUCCAGUGUUCAGCUCUGUCCUUCAUGCUGCAGAUGUCAGAGGUUCUGGAUGAGUUGGACCUGGAGAAGUACAACACAUCAGAAUCAGGACGACUGAGACUGGUUCCAGUUGUGAGGAACUGCAGAAAGGCUCGACUUGGUGGCUGUAAACUCUCUGAUGCUGAGUUUGACGUUGUGGCUUCAGCUCUGAAAUCCAACCAACAUCUGACUGAACUGGAAAUAAGACAAGAACUGGAAACGUCUGCAGUGGAGCGUCUGUGUGAAGGCCUGAAGAGUUCAGCCAGUAAUCUGGAGAUUCUGAGGUUGAAGAAAUGCAGUUUGUCAGAGAUCAGCUGUUCUUCUCUGGCCUCAGCUCUGCAGUCCAACCAACAUCUGACUGAAGUGGAAAUAAAUGAGAUCAACAUGGAGGGAACCGUUUCAGACUCUGGGAUGAAGCGUCUGUGUGAGAUCCUGCAGAGUUCAGUCACUAAAGUCAAGACUUUAAGGUUGAAGGACUGCAGGUUGUCAGAGAUCAGCUGUUCUUCUCUGGUCUCAGCUCUGACCUUUAACCCCUCCCAUCUGACUGAACUGGAGCUGAACUGGAACAACCUGAUAGGAUCUGUAGUGAAGGAGUUGUGUGGUUUCCUCCAGAACCCAGAAUGUAAACUACAGCGAUUACAAUUCAGCCACUGCAGCUUGUCAAAGAUCAGCUGUGACGAUCCGGCCUCAGCUCUGACCUCCGACCCGUCAGGUCAACCUGGACUGCAGCUGAGCAGCAACAGCUACUACAACCUGGGAGAUGAUGGACUGAAGGAGAUCUGUGAUAUUCUGCAGGAUCCUGGAUGCAGAAUACAACGACUGCAGUUGAUCAGCUGCAGUUUAUCAGAGAUCAGCUGUUCUUCUCUGGUCUCAGCUCUGCAGUCCAACCAACAUCUGACUGAAGUGGAAAUAAAUGAGAUCAACAUGGAGGAAACCGUUUCAGACUCUGGGAUGAAGCGUCUGUGUGAGAUCCUGCAGAGUUCAGUCACUAAAGUCAAGACUUUAAGGUUGAAGGACUGCAGGUUGUCAGAGAUCAGCUGUUCUUCUCUGGCCUCAGCUCUGCAGUCCAACCAACAUCUGACUGAAGUGGAAAUAAAUGAGAUCAACAUGGAGGGAACCGUUUCAGACUCUGGGAUGAAGCGUCUGUGUGAGAUCCUGCAGAGUUCAGUCACUAAAGUCAAGACUUUAAGGUUGAAGGACUGCAGUUUAUCAGAGAUCAGCUGUUCUUCUCUGGUCUCAGCUCUGACCUUUAACCCCUCCCAUCUGACUAAACUGGAGCUGAACUGGAACAACCUGAUAGGAUCUGGAGUGAAGGAGUUCUGUGGUUUCCUCCAGAACCCAGAAUGUAAACUACAGCGAUUACAAUUCAGCCGCUGCAGCUUGUCAAAGAUCAGCUGUGAUGAUCCGGCCUCAGCUCUGACCUCCGACCCGUCAGGUCAACCUGGACUGCAGCUGAGCAGCAACAACAGCUACUACAACCUGGGAGAUGAUGGACUGAAGGAGAUCUGUGAUAUUCUGCAGGAUCCUGGAUGCAGAAUACAACGACUGCAAGGUCAGAGGUGAGGAUGGAGGGAUGAAACUAGAGUGAAGGAGGAGAAACUGCCGUCCAGUGGAAACUCUGUCAGGAUGUUGGAGUGAAGCAGAGCGA